AAAUCAGAGAAAUAAGAAAAAUAGAAGAGAGCCUCUUAUUUAGUAUACUCGUUUAUGGAAUAAGAGACCAUACGUGUCACGUAUUCCUUGGCCAAACAGAUUAACGGAAGAAAUUUUUUUUUUUUUUGAUGUUCGAUCGAUUUUUUUUCUUCCUCUUCCUCUCCCUCUCUCUGUCUCUCUCUCUCUCGGUCCAAGUCGCGAAGAUGUUGGGGUCGGAGGAUAUUUUUGAUGGUCGAUUGAUUUUUUUCUUUCUCUUCCUCUCCCUCUCUCUCUCUCUCUCUCGAUUGAACUCGGAGGAGAUUAAAUUCGGGGAUUGCCCUUCUCGGCUUUUUGAUUCCGUUUUGAAGUUUCGAAUUGGGUUUGGUGAUGGUGGCUUGAAGGGUGGAGAUGCUGUGGUAGCAUAUUUUGAGCACCAUAAGCAUCCUAUUACGUCAAUUGAAUGGAGUGCUCAUGAAGCCUCAACACUUACAGUCACAUCCAGUGAUCACCAGCUCACGAUAUGGGAUUUAUCCUUAGAGAAGGAUGAAGAAGAAGAGGCAGAGUUCAAAGCACAGACCAAGGAGCAAGUGAACACAUCUCAAGACUUGCCUCCUCAGCUUCUCUUCGUUCACCAAGGACAAAAGGACUUGAAGGAACUUCACUGGCACAACCAGUUUCAAGAACAUAAGCCAAAAUAGUUAGAAGCUGAAGAAUUUGAAUGUUGUCGCCUUCAUUGUAAUUUUCAAACCGGCUUGAAGAUUGGCUUGUAUCACUUCCAAAGAUCACACUUCAACUUGCAGCAUUCAUAUUGUUUAAUCUAAUGGGUAUGCAUUAGUCUUUCUCUUAUGUUGCAUCUCCAUGAUAUUGUUUGUGCUGCUUAUUUCAUAUACAAACAACCUCUUAUAGUAAUUUUUAAAAUUGUUGGCUAUAAACUGGGAUUGCUGAUUAAUGAA